GAGCCAGGCUGGAGCCCUUGCAGCCCUUAGAGGCACUCAAGAGCCCAACAUGGCCAACAAGUUCCUAGCCGUGUUCUUGCCCAUCCUCAUCUGCCUGCUGGGGCUCAUUGGGAUCCUGCUGGUGUCCCUUCCAGCCAGAGAUGUGGGGGAGAAAACAAAGUUCAAGUAUGGAGUUGUAUUGGACGCUGGUUCUUCGCACACGGCCCUGUUUGUUUACAAGUGGCCGGCAAAUAAAGAGAACGACACGGGCAUCGUGACUGAGCACAGCAUGUGUGACGUGACGGGUCCUGGGAUCUCAAGCUACUGGCAGGACCCCCCCAAAGCUGGAAAGAGCCUGGAGGAAUGUUUGAACCAAGCUGUGAGGGACGUUCCAGCUGAGAGGCACCCCAUGACUCCCAUCUACCUGGGGGCCACCGCCGGCAUGAGACUGCUCAAUUGGACCGACCCGACUUCUUCUGACAAAGUCCUGGCCGCCGUCAGCACCACCAUUAAAUCUUACCCCUUCGACUUCCGGGGGGCCAAAAUCCUAUCGGGGCAAGAUGAAGGGGUAUUUGGCUGGGUGACAGCGAAUUACCUGCUGGAGAAGUUCAUCAAGUACAGUUGGAUCGGACAGUGGUUUCAGCCCCGUAAAGGGACCCUGGGAGCCAUGGAUUUGGGCGGAGCUUCUACCCAGAUCACAUUUGAAACCGCGGAUAAGAUUGAGAAUUCCGAGGAUGAGGUGAAUCUGCGGCUCUAUGGGCAGUCGUACCGGGUGUAUACCCACAGCUUCCUCUGCUACGGGCGCGACCAGGUGCUCAUGAGAAUCUAUUCCAAAAUCAUCAAGUCGCAGCAAUACAAAGCAAAUGUGAAUAAUCCGUGUUGGCCGAAGGGUUACAUCGAGAAUAUCCCCCUGUCCAGUGUGUACGACUCUCCUUGCACAGCUGAUGAGAGGCCCAGUCCGUACGAUCCGGCGCAGCAGGUGACCAUGACUGGCACAGGGAAUGGCGCCGACUGCAGAAUGCAGGUGGAAUCCUUAUUCCAGUUCUCCAGCUGCAGCUUCUCCUCAUGCUCCUUCGACAAAGUUUUCCAGCCCAAAGUCGCCGGCAAUUUCAUUGCCUUUUCGGCAUUCUUCUACACUGUGGACUUCAUGAGGACUGUGAUGAAUUUGCCGGUCAAUAGCAUCACCGACCUGGACACCGCGACCAACACCAUCUGUAGUUCCACUUGGGACGAGCUCGUGGCUAAGGCCCCCACCCUGCAGAAGCUGCUGAAUAGUUAUUGCCCCACGGCCAAUUUCGUCUACGAAAUCAUCAGCCGAGGCUACAAAUUCACUGAGGAUUCCUUUCCCAACAUCUCCUUCCAGAAGAAGGCUGGCGACACGUCCAUCGGUUGGGCACUCGGUUACAUGCUGAACCUCACCAACAUGAUCCCGGCUGAGCAGCCCUCCAUCCUUAAAGGCAUAGAAUUCGGCUCGUGGGUGGGGGUCAUCUUCCUCUUCCUCAUGGUUAUCCUGCUCUCCUUGGGGCUCCUCUGCACCUUCGUGCGGUUCAAGAAGGACGGAGAAUCCCUUUGAUUGGGACCAACGGACAAACCUACUCUUAGGCCUCCGUGGCUGUUUUUAGGAAGGUGGAGGGGAUCAAGCGAUAUGUAACGUCUCAGGGCAAAUAUGUUUCUUUAGGGGGGGAUUAAUGACCUCAGCUUCUAAAUUAUUAGCCGUACUUUUACUUUUCUUUUUUCUCUAGUUUUAGGGGGGUUUGUACACAGUUCCUCUCUGUACCCAGACCUGUGUAUUUUAUUUUUAUUGCAUCUGGUAUUUAGCUGCAGCUUAUCUGUGGCCAUGUCAAUAGAAGGGAAUCUUUGCCACCAGCAGGUGAACAGCGGUACUGCAAGUCCCAUUCUAGAAUCUGCUCUACAAUAUUACCUGGGAAGCAUUCCACGUACACAAAUGUGAAAUAUUCCUAGAAAUCUUUACUUCAAAAGGUCCCUUACGUUUACUUUGUAGGGAUUCCGGGCCCAAGCUGUAGCUUAAUCAGUUAGAAGUCCAAGAGGGUGGGAGUUGCAAUAUCAACGGGACUUUGGCUCCAAAGAAAAUACAGUUACGGGUCCUGAUAAUAAUAGCUGGUAUGACAAUGUCAAUGGUUACUGGCUCUUUAAGAAAAGGAUAAACCUUUACACUGAUUCUAUAGCAGCCUCUCAUUCCAUACCGGUGCAGUAUUGACCUGGUGCCAGUAGGUGGAGCUCUGUCACUGCCCUUGUUCUGUGCAAUAGAGAAACCCUACCUGAGGCAGGUGCACUAAAGGGCGGCACAAUAUAAAGUGACAGUUUGGGCCAUAGCCACGUCCUACAAGCCAGAAGGUGCCCAUGUUGGUGCAAAAAAAUCCAUCCAAAAACACUCACCGAGCACUUGUUUACAAGAAUGAAGGAAACCGAUACAUUUGCUGUGAAAUCAAGUGUUUGUUUGUUUUUUUUUCAUCAUGGAAAAAUGAAAAACGUGGCGAAAAUAAAUUGAAUUCGGCCAGU